GGCCCUGCGGGGACAAAGGCCACCGUGCGCGCGCGGAGGAGGGCGGGAGGCUGGGGAAUGAAGAGGGCUGCCCGGCGCCUGAGGUCGCGGGCCCGCCGCCCAAGGUCUGAGUGCGGGGAGAGCGGGCUGGACGCCGGACCCAGGUUUUCAUUUUCGGAAUGGAAAUCACCUUCCCCCCAGUAUACUCAGCAUAAAAAGCAAAAACCAGUCGGGGACAGACAAUUAUGUAAAACUCAAGAAGCCCUCCCAAGGCUUUGGGGCCGACCAUCGUUGCAGGAUCCGGGGACAGACACGUGGGCUGGCGGGGCGGAGCCCCCCAAAUGUCAUCCCGCAGGACUGUGCACAGCACCCCCGCGUGACCUCAGCAUGACCAACGGCGGCAAAACCACGCUGACCAACAACCUUCUCAAGUCGCUCCCCAACUGCUGUGUAAUCCACCAGGAUGACUUCUACAAGCCCCAAGACCAAAUAGCAGUUGGGGAGGACGGCUUCAAACAGUGGGACGUGCUCGAGUCCCUGGACAUGGAGGCCAUGCUGGGCACCGUGCAGGCCUGGCUGAGUAGCCCUCAGAAGUUUGCCCGUGCCCAUGGGGUCAGCGUCACACCAGACACCUCGGACACCCACAUCCUCCUUCUGGAAGGCUUUCUACUCUACAGCUACAAGCCCCUGGUGGACUUGUACAGCUGCCGGUACUUCCUGACCAUCCCAUAUGAAGAAUGCAAGAGGAGGAGAAGCACCCGCAGCUACGCGAUCCCUGAUCCCCCUGGCCUCUUUGAUGGCCAUGUGUGGCCCAUGUACCAGAAGUAUAAAAGGGAGAUGGAGGCAAACAGUGUGGAAGUGGUGUACCUGGAUGGCAUGAAGUCCCGCGAGGAUCUCUUCCACCAAGUCCUGGAAGACAUUCAGAACUUGCUCCUGAAUCGCUCCCAGGCGUCAGCCCCCUCACCUGCCAGGCCGUAGGGACCCGGGCACAAUUCCAGCCACAGGACGGCCAGGCCUGUAGUGUCCCAGCUGGACACUGUGUGACCGUUUCCCUUCAGGGAAGUCUAUACAUACAAGAGUGGAGGCCCCAUUCACAGCUCAGAAUCUUGGGGCUCCAGGAUCCAGCCCUGAAACGCCUAUUAAACUCAGUCCUGUUUUUUUAA